AUGGCCUUCUUCUUCGUGGUAGGCACGAAGGACUUCACAAGUCCCCUGAAAGGGUAUGAGGGUAUAACAGCACAGUGCCACAACUGCGGCAAUUGGGCGGCGCAUCCUAUUCAAACCUGGGAUUGGUUUACAUUCUGCUUCUUGCCAAUCAUACCGCUUGGGGGCAAACACCAAGAUAUUGCCUGCUCAAUAUGUCGCUUUCGUCAAGACCUGCGGAACCGACCAGACGUACAAUCACAACAAGGGCAAGGUCCGACGCAGCUGCCUCCGCAGCAAGGGCCGCCACAAGGCUGGGCACCUCAAGCGCAGGGUGCACGCCAUCAAUAA